AUGUAUCUUAUUCUGAGGUUCUACUGGUCGGUUGUAAUGGCUGGUUUGCUGUUCAUGAUGAUCAGAUCUACUCGAACUCUACUGCUGGUGUUUCUAUACAAUCCUUUAAGCUUUUCCGUCGAUACAAACUACCUCCACUGGAAUACAACAUUUCCGGCUGUCAGCUUGUGCCAAGUGGCGAAUGAUGAGACGAUGUCAGACGCCCUGGAAAAGGACUUAGGAGCUAAUCGUGACUUCAAGCUGGAUGCCAUCAUGGCGGAUUUGGUCUUCUUCGGGGGCAACUGCUUCGGGUGUGAAGACUGCACCAAUGGUCGGCUGGAGUGUCCGCAAAAUUUGUCCUCCGUUGCCGACCGGUAUCGUCUUGGGUGCGAUGAGCUGCUGUCGGAUUGUUCCUGGCACGGGCGACCAUUUGAUUGCUGUCAACUUUUCCUUCCGCUGCACACCGAGUUUGGCCUCUGUUACAGCAUCAAUUCGAGGAACACGGUUCCUCUGUUGAUGUCACAGGACGCAAAGCUGAUUAGCAACCGUCGUACCGGUCCCGGAGCUUUGCAGUUCCGAGUGAAAGAGGAUUUACAGAUUUUCCUCCACGAUCCCUACUCGGUUCCGUUUGCCUAUUCGGAUCGAUCGCUGAAGGAGACCCUGCUCUGGGGAAUGACCAAGGAGAUUAUCAUCCGAAUUGUGGAGAUGGAGAAUAGCGCCAGUGUACGGAAUGUGCCGAUUGAGCGAAGAGGUUGUCGUUUUCCCUGGGAAAUUCCUCCAUUAGCCAACCAACCAUACAGAAGUUACAGUUUCUCGUCCUGUUCCGUCGAGUGCUACCGGAAAAUUCAGCUGCAGUUGUGCAACUGCACCCACCAUUUGAUGCCAACUUCCGGAAAAGGAACCAGCAACUCGCAUCAUCCAAGCAAUCCGGUGUGUGACUAUAAAGGGCUAACAUGUCUCAGCGACUUUUCCGCGGAAAUUGCCACCACCAGGAAACGAUGUGACUGCAUGGCGUCUUGCGUCGAGCCGGAGUACUCGGUGUUGUUCAGCUCGGACAGUGAGGCCGAAGGUACCGAGAACAAUCCGGAACGAGAUCAGAUAACCGUUCGAUUGCUGCAGCUACCGAGCGGAAGAUUUGUCCGGAGUGCUGCCAAAUCGGAGAUGGAUCUUUUCAUUUCUCUCGGAGGCUUGGCCGGGCUCUUCUUUGGCAUCUCGUUGCUGUCACUGGUGCAUGUGACCUCCGUCGGUUUCCGUGCAGUUGAUUCUCGGGAGGAAGGUCCUCACUUUGGGCCGCAUUUGAAGGCGGAUGCCAUUCCGGAUUUGCCUGAAGCAGCCGAUGGAGAUAACGAUGGCAAGAGUUCGCUGAUGACCGAAGGUGUUUCUGGGUUCGCCAUGACGCGCGAUCAGCAGGUUGGAGCUUCGAAUAGGAAAAGUGUCAAGUCCAUCCAGAACCCUCAGGUGAUCAAGAGGCAACAAUAUUGUCUUCUUCUUUCCCUAGCUAAGAAAUUACAGUGGAAUGAAACAAAAAAAGUGCUGUAA